AUGUCAAACAUUCUCAGACGCACUCUUUUACAAACCAAGUCUCUUGUGCGUGUCAAUGCACCCAUCAGAACUAAUGUUUGUGCUGCUAUCAAACCUUCCAACUUGAUGGCUAAAAGAACAUUCUUCGUUAGCGCACCAAAGUUCGACAGAAUUUCUGAGGCUGAGGAAUACGUCAAGACUGGCGCAGAAUAUAUGGAAAAGGGAUCUCUCGAUAUGGCCAUGACCAGCUUCCACAAAAGUGUCCAGUCCGCACCAAGUGGUGCUGGCUAUUUCAACAUUGGUGUUUGCUACUUUCAAAUGGGCAAGCAUAAGGAUGCUAUUAAAGCAUUCAACCGCUCAUUAGAAUACACCCCUCAUUCAGCUGAUGCCCAUACCAACAUUGCAUCCUGUUACUUAAUGUUAAAAGAUACACAAAAUGCUGUCAAACAUUUAGAGCAAGCAUCCAACUUUAACCCCUUGGAUGGCGAAGUGCAAUACAACCUUGCCUGUGUUUAUGAAGCCGUUCAAAGAUUAGACGAUGCAAAGACUAGAUUUGAAAGAGCCGCUUUAUUAGGCAUCGAUAGAGCCGAAACUGCUUUGGAAAAGUUGAAGAAGAAGAUGUAA